UAUCAAAAAUAAUUCUAAAAAGAUUCUUAAAAAGACUUAAAUUUAACAAGUUUAUACACCGAGGGAUCAUAGUGAAAUGGGUUAUAGAAAUGAAGGAUGAAAAUGAGAUAAUUGAGACAUGAGGGCCUAAAAUGGAACAAAAUAUAAAGAUGAGGGGUCAAUUAUGAGAUUUGGCAAAAUAAAAAUAUAUUAUGAUGCCACGAGACCCCGGAAUUAAUGGUGAGUAGUUUAAUCCUAGGAAAAGAGCAAAGGUUGGGAGAUAAUUGAUGCCCUUGUGUCGGAAACUUGGAGCUAUGAAUUGUCCCCAGAUGUUGAUUUCUUCUUCUUACUCUUUUUUAAGGUUUUUUCUUCUCUCUCUCUCACUCUCACUAAAUAAUAUUAAUCACUAAUUAAUUAUCAAUAAUCAAUAAUCAAGUGUUUAAUUUCUUCUUCCCUAUUUAAGGGCUUCUUCUCUUUGAUCUCUACUUUUGCUCUGUUCUACUUCAGAUGGAUACAGUUGGCCUUCAGCCAUGACUAACCCCUUUUGAUUAUUACUUUGUAUGUAUGUAUGUAUAUUUCUUGAAGGUAUAUAUAUACACACACUCACCGCACGUUUUUAUGUGUGUUAUUUGUAACAGAAAUAUAAAAAAUAAAAAGGAGAAAAGAUUCAAUUUUUAAGCACCCCAUUUGCUUCUGAUAGUGAAUUGGUUGUGUUUUGGUGUUUUUUCGCAGGAAAAGGAAAAAGCUAUAAAUAACACGUGCUUAUCAAGAAUGCGUGUAAGCAAAAGUUGUCUUAUUUACACUUGUAUUAGUGAUGGGGUGUUAUUUUCGUCGUGAUUGAAUGCCGUAAAGUCCAUUCUUCGAUAAAACUCCGUGAUUCAAGGCGUAGGUAGAGAGAUAAUAAGGAGAGAAGCCUGUGCAUUUGCCCUUUUUUUCUAAGAUUCUAAAAAAAAUAAUGGCGAAAGACGGAUCUCCGAAGCCGCAUCAACUAAACAUGAGGCGCAAGCGCCUCACGUACAUCCUAGGCGUGAGCGGCCUCUGCGUAAUCUUCUACGUAUUCGGCGCAUGGCAAGGGAGAGCCUCUCUCCCCUCCGGCCAAUCAGAGCUCUCGAGAGUUGGAUGUGACGAAACUUCAAAUCGAAACUCCGAACUCCCAUCCUCCACCGGAAUCUCCGAUCCGCUCGACUUCGAGAGCCACCACCAACUAUCCGUCAACAGCUCCGAGGAAAUCGAGAAGUUCCCGCCGUGCGACAUGGCGUACAGCGAGUACACGCCGUGCCAGGACAAUCUGCGCGGCCGCAAAUUCCCCCGGGACAUGUUGAAGUAUAGGGAGAGGCAUUGCCCUAGUAAGGAAGAACUUCUACGGUGCCUUGUCCCCGCGCCGCCGAACUAUAAGAGCCCCUUCAAAUGGCCUCAGAGUAGGGAUUACGCGUGGUACGCGAAUAUUCCGCACAAGGAGCUUAGUAUUGAGAAGGCCGUUCAGAAUUGGAUCCAAGUCGAAGGGGAUCGAUUUAGAUUCCCCGGUGGUGGUACCAUGUUUCCGCGUGGGGCCGACGCUUAUAUUGAUGACAUUAACGCCCUUAUACCUAUUACCGACGGGACCGUUCGAACGGCCGUCGACACGGGAUGUGGGGUAGCUAGUUGGGGUGCUUACCUACUGAAGAGGGAUAUUAUGGCAAUGUCUUUUGCUCCGAGAGAUACGCACGAAGCGCAGGUGUGGUUCGCACUCGAACGUGGUGUUCCUGCAAUGAUCGGCCUCUUAGGCUCGAUGAGGCUACCGUAUCCCGCUCGGGCUUUCGAUAUGGCCCACUGUUCUCGUUGCUUGAUCCCUUGGUUCAGUUUCGACGGGCUUUAUCUGAUCGAAGUGGAUAGGAUUCUUAGGCCCGGCGGGUACUGGAUACUCUCGGGCCCUCCGAUCCGAUGGAAGACGUACUGGAGAGGGUGGGAGAGAACCGAAGAAGACUUGAAGCAAGAGCAAGACUCGAUCGAGGAAGUAGCUAAUCGCCUCUGCUGGAAAAAAGUCGUCGAAAAGGGCGAUCUCGCCAUUUGGCAGAAGCCCAUAAACCACAUGGAAUGCCUCGAGAGAAAAUCCAACCAAGAGAAACCGCACAUGUGCAAAUCGGAUAGCGCCGAUGCAGCUUGGUACAAAGACAUGGAAGCUUGUAUAACCCCACUACCGGAGGUCAGCAAUCCGAACGAGGUUGCGGGAGGUGCGUUGAAGAAAUGGCCCGAACGGGCUUUCACAGUCCCGCCAAGAAUCACGAGCGGCUCAAUCCAAGGAAUUACUGCCAAGAAAUUCCUAGAGGACAACGCGAUGUGGAAGGAGCGGAUAUCGUAUUACAAGAACCUCGUCAGUCAGUUAUCGAGGGGGCUAAUACGGAACGUGAUGGACAUGAACGCCAACUUAGGAGGAUUCGCCGCAGCGCUCUCAAAGUACCCAGUUUGGGUUAUGAACGUGGUCCCCGCGAAUUCGGAUCCCGACACGCUGGGCGUGAUUUACGAACGGGGUUUCAUCGGGGCGUACCAAGAUUGGUGCGAGGCGUUCUCGACUUAUCCGAGGACUUACGAUCUCAUCCAUGCGGGCGGUGUAUUUAGCAUUUAUCAGGACAGGUGCGAUAUUACAUACAUUCUACUCGAGAUGGAUAGAAUCCUACGGCCAGAAGGGACGGUGAUAUUUAGAGAUGUUGUCGAAGUGUUGGUGAAGAUAAAGAGUAUAACAGAUGGAAUGAGAUGGGAGAGUAAGAUAGUUGACCACGAAAGCGGACCGUUUAAUGUCGAGAAAAUUCUUUUGGCCACAAAGACUUACUGGACUGCUGAAUCCAACCCUCAAGGAUAGCACUGAAAUUUUUGAGUCUUCAAUAAUUCACCUUAGAUUUCUUUGUCUUGGGGGAUUUUUUGUUUUUUGUUUUAUUGUUUUUUUAGACAAUUAGUUUGCUGGUAGAAUGAAUUUUUUGUCAUGUUUCUA